AUGGAGCAGUAUCUGGUGGAAAGUUCUGAAACUCCGCCCCUGAUUAACUACACCCACUCCAACUUGUCCAAUCAGGGAGCAGAGUAUGGCGUUGCUGUGCCAAUGGAGCGGCUGGUGGUCGCGUCUCUGCUGAGUUUGCUGACGUUAUCAACAGCUGUGAUGAACGCUGCGGUCAUCGCUGCCAUCUUGACCACCAGGAAGCUCCGCCUCCCCGCUAACUACCUCAUCUGCUCGCUGGCUGUCACCGACUUCCUGGUUGCAGUGCUGGUGAUGCCACUGAGCAUCCUGUACAUCGCCACGGAGACAUGGAGCCUGGGCGGUGUGGUGUGUGAGGUGUGGCUGAGUGUGGACAUGACCUGCUGCACUUGCUCCAUCCUGCACCUGUGUGUCAUUGCACUCGAUCGCUACUGGGCCAUCACCAAGGCGGUGGAGUACACGCGCAAGAGGACGCCGCGUCGUGCUGUUACCAUGGUCACCGCUGUCUGGGUGGCCUCCGUGUUAAUCUCCACCCCGCCCCUUUUCUGGCGUCGGCGACUUGAUAAUGUUCACGAGUGUGACAUCGAGCAUGACCAGCUGGGCUACAGCAUCUACUCCACUUUCGGAGCCUUCUACAUCCCCAUGACUCUGAUCCUCGUCCUGUAUUAUCGCAUUUACGAUGCAGCAAAGUCUCUCUACCAGAAACGCGGUUCCUCACGCCACCUCGGCGACUCGCUGAACCACUUCCGGGUCGACCUGCCAACCUCUGACCCGGGGGUGGAGCUGGAGAAUCUAAACAGCCCUGACGAGAGAAACCAGAUGUGCAGCUCACGUGAGAGGAAGGCAGCACGGAUCCUCGGCCUCAUCCUCGGCGCCUUCAUCAUCUGCUGGCUGCCGUUCUUUAUUAAGGAGCUCCUGAUGGCGCUGAAGGUCCUGCAGCCUUCUCCACAUGUGUCUAAUUUCCUCACGUGGCUCGGAUACGUGAACUCGCUAAUCAACCCGCUGCUCUACACCAGCUUCAACGAGGACUUCAAACAGACGUUUAAGAGGCUGCUGAAGCGCAAGGAGCACACAUAG